GCAUGCGUGUGUGGAACGGGCCGCCGCCAAGAGAGUGACGAAGCGACCGCGGCCGGGAACCGGGAACCGGGCAGAGAGCGGGCACCACCGGGCAACCGGCACCGGGCAGAGAGCGGGCGGCACCGGGCAGAGAGCGGGCGGCACCGGGCAACCGGCACCGGGCAGAGAGCGGGCGGCACCGGGCAGAGAGCGGGCGGCACCGGGCAACCGGCACCGGGCAGAGAGCGGGCGCCACCGGGCAACCGGCACCACAGAGCAGGCUCCGAGCAGCGCCACGGUACUGACGAUAUGGGAGAGCGACGUAGCAAAAACCUUCUGGUCCAGCUGGGGCCCAAAAUGCAGGCAUAUCCUGAAGAGCUGAUCCGACAGCGCCGCUCACCUGAUGGUCUUACAGAGUACCUCAUCCGCUGGAAUGUACUCACUAUAGAUGAUGGUGGAGGUGGAGGCAGCAGGAACAAUGGAGGAAACAGUUCUAGUGACAACAAAACAGACAAUAUUUUAAUGUGGAUGUCAGCUGAAGAUGUGUAUGCCAACUGCCCUACUCUCCUUGGGAAACGGAAACCUGAGAGUCAGAGGGUGAAAGUAGAACAGGAGCCAGUGAAUGUUGACUCGGAUGUCACGUUUGAUGAUGUAGAGUUACUUGACAUGAAGGAAGACGUCAAACAUUUAGUACAAAGAGCAAGGCGGCAGAUGUCUUGCAUAUCUGGGCCAGACUCAUCUCUGAACAUUUCACUCACAAUACAUAUUCUGAGUGCUUACGCUAGUAUCGGUUCACUAGUUGGUGUGUUUAAAGAGACGGGAGCUUUGGAUGUGCUUAUGGAACUACUCUGUAACAAGGAAACGCAGACGCGCAGAAGUGCUGGAAAGAUGCUCCGUGCUCUUGCUUCACAUGAUGCAGGUAGCCGAGCAUACGUGCUUCUUUCCCUGAGUCAGCAGGAUGGGAUUGAGCAGCACAUGGAUUUUGACAACCGCUACACCUUAUUGGAAUUGUUUGCAGAAACCACCUCCUCUGAAGAACAUGGAAUAUCAUUUGAAGGAAUUCAUCUUCCUCAGAUUCCUGGUAAACUCUUAUUUUCUUUGGUAAAACGUUACCUGUGCGUCACCUCAUUGAUGGACAAGUUAAAUAAUAGUGGACAAGAUGCAAGUGGAGAACGGCAGGAAUUUGCUGCUUUGCAUCUUCCUGAGCCCACUCGCCUGUCACGUGAGUUUGAGUUCACCAUGGCAAUGGCAAAUCUGAUCUCUGAGUUAGUUCGUGUCAUGGGCUGGGAUCGGAAUAAGCAACAUGAUCACUGCAUUGGGUCAAUGAGUGAGGCACUACCCAGAAACAUCAAAUCAAUAUUUCAGCCACGGAGCAUGACCACCAAUAGUUUACUGAUACCACAACCUCAGAGAAAAACGGCUACAGCUUACAAAUCACGCUCAAACUUUGCCAGUCGAGGCAGUUAUGUGGAAUAUAUACAGGAACAUUUGAAGGCAGGCAUGUCUGUGAAAAUGCUGGAGGAUUAUGAGCAAGUCAGUUGUGGAGAUGAAGGGGAGUUUAGAUACAGUAAUGAUGGGACCCCCCCAGUGCAGGUUUUCUGGCACCAGUUGAACAGAACGUACUGGGUACAUUGGCACAUGAUUGAGAUCAUUGGGGAUGGAUCCAGUGGGCAUGUGGAAAAAGAAUCGCAGGAGAAAGCUUCAACUCUUGCUGAAAAUCUUAAACUUACAACAGUUGCUCAGACAUUUUUCCAUAAGCCACCUGGUGGGUUAUACUCUCUGCCUUAUCUGUCCGAGGGCAUUUGUGAGGAUUUCUCCACUCUCAAGCGGUCAGAAUGGUGGGAGGUGCUUUUCUUCAUCAAGAAGUUGGAACCAAAACAGCAGCAAGAGGCCGUUGAGAUCAUGAAACAGAAUUUGGAAGAUCUGAUUUCAGAAAUGGAUGAGAGUGCGUUGAUUCAGUUGACUGUACCAGUGGAACUAGCACAGAAGCUUCUUCAUUUCUUGAAUCCAUAUUGCCCAGCAGCCUACCGGAAUGACCUUGAGAGCUCUCAUGUUUAUACCAAACACUACUUGAAGAGGAAAAGGCUGGAUCAGGACCAGCUCUCCAGUACACUGUCAGGCUUUGAGAGUGGCUCCCAAGCUGGCAUUGGUUCAUCUUCUGGACCAUCUGACUCUCAGUCAAAGAAAGCCAAGAAAGAAGUAUCUCCAGUCCUUGCAAACACUGAACAGACUGCAAGCAACGCCAAUGUAGUUCAACAGGUAGAGAUGGGCAGAAUGGAGGAACUGGAAUUGCCAGAUGAUCUUGAUGAGAAACUCAAAGUGUUCAACUGCCCCAAGGUGACUGGACGUAAAACAAAUUUGGAGAAAAUGGGGGAGGUUGUGGACAUCAUGAAGAAAUCAAGUUGCGAUAUAAGUUUGCAGGUGGCAGGGUUUAAAUUCAUUACUAAAAUGUUGGAGGAGGACAAUUCACGAGAGAAACUGCCUCUUAAAGUGGAUUCCAGCCUAAACCAAAGGGAUAAGCUGAUCAAAGUACUGGUGGAAGAACUAACCAAUCUGUCCAAGGAGAAGCCUCUGGUUGUCACGUGCUUGCGGCUACUAUACAUUUUAAUGCAACGCUAUGACUGGAGAGCACUGUUUGCAACCGAGGGGGGCAUCAAGAGUAUUCUAUCCUGCAUGCAAGAGCACCAGGAUUUUGCACUCAUCCAGCAAGCGGCACUGGCAACGCUGAAGAUCCUGACUGGAGCCAGCAAGUAUGACAUGCGCACAAAGAGUGUUCAGCCCCAACUCACUGACUCAGAUGCUCAGAUUAUCCUUGAGAUCUUUGCUAGCAUUGGCUCAGCUUCUAUCCAGGAUUCCCAAGGAUUGCUCAGUGUUAUUCCUGCAGCUGUAACAAAAAUGAUGAACACCUCUGGAUGCUCCUCUGCAGUCCAGGAUGGCUUGCUAAUCGUCAUCAUGCUGGUUUCUAAUCACAAAAGCCUUGCAGAGUUGUUGGUAUCUUGUGACAUUUGCCCACUUUUAUAUGGCUGUAUUGGAAAUGGGAGCAGCUCCACGGGCAGCCAUCAGCAGAUGCUGGCUAUCAUGGCCCUCAGUAACAUUUCUUUGAACCACAAGCUUUCCACCGGAAUUGAGAACAAAGAAUCAAAAGAGGCGUUAAACUUGAAAGAUGCGGAGCUGAAGAUGCUGCUCGUGAGCUUAAAGGAGCAGAGUGGCACCAAAGAGAUCAUUCUAUCAUUGGAGCGUUGGAUCUGUGAUGAGACAACUGGGCUGGAAUCUCAGAUUGCAGAUAUCAUGAAGGAUAAAGAAGCCUUCCAGUCAUUGGUACAGGGGUUGGAUCAUUUUCGUUCUGAGAAGGCUGUGCAGCAGGCUAUCACAAGAAUUCUGAGCAAGUUUUUGGAUAAUUAUCUGGAAGACCUGUUGCCCUGGCAUGAGAGUAUUGAACCAUGCUUGUCAUCCAUGACUGCCUACAGUAAUGAACGAGAGGUGUUGCAGGAUUUUAUAAGGUUUCUACAUAGGCUGGCAACAGUGAACAAGGAUUAUGCUGUAGUUAUGUGUCGGCUUGGGUCAAAGGAAAUACUGUCAAAGGCAUUGGAUAAACACAGUUCAGGUAUACUGUUGGCUACAGAGCUCCGAGACUUAGUCAGUGACUGUGAAAAAUAUGCCAGCCUGUACAAGAAAAUGACCACAAAUAUCCUCGCUGGAUGUAUACAGAUGGUUUUGGGACAAAUUGAAGAUCACAGACGCAGUCAUCAACCAAUCAAUAUCCCUUUCUUUGAUGUAUUCCUGAGGAACCUCUGCCAAGGUCUGUCCGAGCGGCUCAAUGAUAACAGACUGAAUCACGGUUCCAACGUGGAGCUUAAAGAGGACAAAUGUUGGGAGAAAGUGGAAGUGUCCUCCAAUCAUCACAGAGCGAGCAAGCUAACUGACAAGAAUAUAAAAACCUACUGGGAAUCGAAUGGUAGCACAGGGUCCCACUACAUUAACAUAUACAUGCACAAAGGCGUAAUUAUCAGACAGCUCACCUUAGUGGUUGCAAGCGAGGACUCCAGUUACAUGCCAGCUCGUGUGGUGGUUAUGGGUGGGGAUGAUCCCAGUAACAUCAAUACAGAACUAAACACCGUGAAUGUGGUGCCCACUGCUAGCCGUGUGCAACUGCUGGAGAACAUGACUCGGUACUGGGCAAUCGUCCAGAUUCGGAUCAAGCGAUGUCAACAGGGUGGUAUUGAUACUCGAGUUCAUGGAUUUGAAGUUCUGGGACCCAAGCCAACCUUCUGGCCAGUGUUCAAGGAACAGCUUUGCUGUCGAACUUAUCUCUUCUACAUGACAAAGGCGCACACCUGGUGUCAGGAGAUUCAGGAGGAUAGGAUGCAAUUACUGCAGCUUUUCAAUAAGUUAAACAGCGCUUUGCAACACGAGCAAAUGUUUGCUGACCGUUUCCUUCCAGAUGCAGAGGCAGCUGAAGCAUUAGGACGGACCUGUUGGGAGGCCUUGGUCAAUCCAAUUGUGCUGAGUAUCACUGCUUUGGACAACAAUAAUCCUAGCCCAUUAUCCUGGCUUCUGACCGAAUACCUGGAGAACUCCGAGAUUUUGAAACAGGGAAAAGUCGGUGCUGCCAUAUUCAAUUCCAGAGUUCGGCGUCUCUGUCAUCUUUUGGUUCAUGUAGAUACCAGCCGGAUAGAUAUUGAGGAGCUCAAACCAGCCAUUAAACCUGAUGGCAAAAACAAAUCUAAAGACAGCAGUAGCACUUCUACAUCUGCUAAAGGGAUGACAGUGAGCAAGCCCAGCAGCAUCUCUGGCAUAGCGCAGUGUUGGAAUGGAGUAGUACAGCAACAGGUUAAGCGAUUCCUGGAUGGAGCGUGGAACUCCCCUGAUUUUGUUGAGCGGUAUCGGGACAUGUACCUGAAGUUGAAGAAUGCGAUGGAGGAACUGUUUGGGCAGCAGAUGGCUUUUGUAUUAGCAUUGCGCAAGGGCUUCUCAGCCGCUCUUCUCCAGCUGUCCCACCUCACAGCCAUGCAUGUUAGCGAACGGUUUGCACAGUACAUUGAUCAACGCAUUCAAGAAAGUGACGUGGAAACCCUAAACCAUCUGCAGCAAUUCUUGGAGCCAAUGCUGUUCCUUUCAGGUCUCGAACUUGCUAACAUCUUUGAACAUUUCUACAGGUACUAUCUGGCUGAUCGGCUCUUGGCUCAGGGUAAAGUGUGGCUGGAGCAAGCUGUGAUCGAUCACAUUGGGACCUGUUUUCCCAGCAGGUAUCCUCAGCAGAUGUUAAAAAAUCUCAGUGAGUCUGAUGAGCUGCAGCAGGAGUUUCACCUGUACAGGCUGCAGCAGCUCGAUAGGAAAUUAGAGCAUAUGGGUGAUGAAAUGAUGGAAGACCAACCAUUCAUAGCUGAGGAAGAAACAGAUGUGAAAGUCCUGGUGCUUUCUCCACGUUGUUGGACUAUAUCUCCCCUGUGCCAUCAAGGUGAUCCAAAGGCAUUCUUUCCACCAGAGCUCAGCAGUUUCCUUGAGGAGUUUUCUGAUUUUUGUACACAUGGUCAGCGUGUAUAUGGGUUUAGUAGCACAAAGCCUCGCCGGAUACAGUGGACAUGGCUGGGACAUGCUAUCAUAUCCUAUGGAUCACUGACCUUGCACUUGUCAACUCUACAAAUGUACAUCCUGCUGCAGUUUAAUGAACAUGAGGAAGUUUCUGUGGAGACCAUUGUAAAAUCGACUGGCUUAUCCCCAGUUCUGAUCAUACAUGCGUUAGAACCUCUGAUUGGAGAAAAUCAUAUCCUCAUUCAACAGGACAUUGAUCAAGAUCGUCUCAAAGGGGUCUUGAGGCUAAAUGAUGAGGUGUUGGCCAGAGGAUCAGCAAAGAAAGAGCACUACUCACUGCUGCCAGAGCAAACUUAUUUAAAUGUGGACGAAGACGCCGCUGGCACAUUGGAACGCAAGAGGAACAUUAUCUAUUGCGUGAUUAUUCAGAUUAUGAAAUCGGAGAAAGAGCUUCAUAUUGAUAAUCUUGUCUUCAAGGUGAUCGACAAGUGUCAGAACCAGGAAUUGAAUUCAGCGAAUAGAUUACUUCGCUCUAAUUGCAGCAAUAUGGAUGUUCUGUCCUGUAUCAUGCACCUUAUCAACAAGGGUUACAUCAGACGCAACGAGGACAACCCUCACAUUCUGGAGUACGUGCUUGAGGAUCCAACAACCCCACGAAAAGGGCAGGCACAAAUAAUGCUUCGAAAACUUGAUUCAAAGGCCACGGGAAAAAACAGCAAUGAUAAAGAGUAUCUAUCAGUAUUUAGCUUUGACGGAUCACAGUGUGCAGAAGAUGGAGCGCUGGAGACUGUGCUCAUGUCAAUGGGGCGGACCAUGAGCCAAGAGGAGGUGCAGCAAUUGAUAGUCCAGACUGUGCUGCAGGUAGCGGACACACUCAGCAUCUCCACCGAUGUAGCGCAGCAUUUGCUUAUUCACAGCAAGUGGAAUGUUGACUUGCUGGUCCAGCGAUACGCCGAAGAUGAUGAGGUCCUCUUGGUGAUGGCGGGUCUUAAGGUCCGGAACCCACAAACUCCCAGCAGCCCAGUCACCCAGUGCCCUGUUUGUCUAAACCUGCUUGCUAAUGAUAGUGAAUCUGCUCCCACCCUCUGCUGCACCCACUACUGCUGUAAGUCCUGCUGGAGAGAGUAUUUAAUAACCAGGAUUGAACAGAACUUGGUGCAGAAUUGUACGUGUCCAAUCUCUGACUGUCCCGCACAGCCCACCAAUGAGUUUAUCUAUUCUAUCAUAUGCGAUGGUGAGAUUGCAGCCAAGUAUUCAAAAACACUACUGCGUGGCUACGUGGAGUGUUGUUCAAACCUGACAUGGUGCACCAAUCCCCAGGGUUGCGAUCAGAUCCUGUGUAAGGAGGGGAUUGGUAGCAUUGGUACCUGUUCCAAGUGCUGCUGGUCCUCUUGCUUCACUUGUAAUUUCCCUGAGGCUCACUACCCUGCCAGCUGCAGCCACAUGUCACAGUGGAUGGAUGAUGGUGGGUACUACGAGGGAAUGACUGUGGAAGCACAAAGCAAGCAUCUCGCAAAACUCAUCUCCAAACGAUGUCCAAGUUGCCAUGCACAGAUUGAGAAGAAUGAAGGUUGCCUCCAUAUGACGUGUGCCAAGUGUAAUCAUGGAUUUUGCUGGCGGUGUCUAAAGCCAUGGAAACCAACACACAAAGAUUACUACAACUGCUCAGCCAUGGUCAGUAAAGCAGCAAGGCAAGAGAAGCGAUUUCACGAUUAUAACGAGAGAUGCUCCUUUCACCACCAAGCACGGGACUUUGCCAACAAUUUGGAAGCGAAAGUCUCUGCAGUUAUUGAAGCGUUACAAAUGAAAUCAUUGACAUUUGUUAUCGAUGCAUGUAAGAUGCUUGCUCAGGCAAGGAAGGUAUUGGCCUAUUCUUGUGUGUACAGUUACUAUAAUCAGGACGCAGAGAAGAUGGAUAUAAUGGAGCAGCAGACAGAGAAUUUGGAGUUGCACACAAAUGCCCUGCAGAUCCUGCUUGAGGAAACCCUGUUGCAGUGCACGGACCUGGCUUCUUGCAUUCGCCUUCUCAAACCACAACACUUGAACACUGGAUUGGAGUUGAUUCGCAGGAUACAAGAAAGACUGCUUGCUAUCCUCCAGCACUCAACACAGGAUUUCCGAGUGGGGUUUCAGCCAAAACAAGGAGUCGAUCAGAAUGAAGUCCAAGCCAGAGACCAUUCAAACACUGCACCAUCUGAUUGCAUCAAAGAAGCGAAAUCAGACAGCCAAACAGAGGACGAGGAUGAAGAAUACGAAGACGAUGAUGAAUAUGUCGCAGAAUGGCAUGAUACGUAUGAUAAUGAAGAUAUUGACGAAGAUGAUUUUUCAGAUGAAUCUGAGAAUCUGGAAAGAGAUUUCUUUUAUCUGGAAGAUGACGAUGUUUAUGACUAGAGAGUUGAGAUUUAUUUAUAUAUAUUCUGAAUGAGUGGACAAUUUAAGGUAAAAUAAGAAAUGUAACUGAUUAUAGUCGGAUCAAAUUAGCCCGAUGCACUCUGAUAACAGCACCCUCCACUUUUUUGUUGGGCCACCUCUGGUUAACUGGCUACUUAAUUUCUUUUAAAAGCUGAAUUUAUUUUGGAGUUCAGAUUCAAGUUUAAAAAAAAUACAACAAAGGAAAAAUGCUGAGGGAAUUUUUUGUUACAUGUAUUUAACUACACUCCCUGAGAAGGGACUGAAAACCUGCUACUGAGUUGGUUGUGGGAGAUGUACACUAUGUUCAGCAAAGAAACGAAGGGCAUCAAAGCCUGCACGUAGCUGAAAGCUUCCACCGUUUGCAUAAUGUUCUAUCUUUGACAAAUUCCAGUUAUGCGAGUUAUGAAAAUAAAAUACUUCCAAUGUAUAAA